CUCAUACUUUACUCGUCGGAGGUAAUGGAAGACGCCGGAAAACUUCUGAGCUCCGGCAACUUAUCGCAUAAGAUCGUUGCAGUUGCUGCGGGGGAAGCACACACUCUCGUUCUUACUGGGUUGAAAGCAGGGGAAUUUUGAUUGUAGGGGAUGGCAGCGUGUACUCAUGGGGUAGGGGAAUGUUUGGGCGACUUGGGCUUGGUUCAGAAAAAGAUGAGCUUUUCCCAGUAGAGGUCAAGUUUGGAAACCCUAAUGGAACAGGAGACACUCUCAAAAUUGUGGGAAUUGCUGCUGGUGCUUAUCAUAGUCUUGCUCUAACAGAAGAUGGAGCUGUUUGGUGUUGGGGUUACAAUAUCUAUGGUCAACUUGGUAUCAGUGGAGAGGAUUCACAUGACAAAAAAUAUACUGAUGGAGAUUAUUCUCUAGUGCCCUGCUUACUGAACAAAUUUCUUGAGUUGCACCCUCCUGAUUCUUCAACAGGUGUGUCUGAAACAGAAGGCAAAGCAUCACUAAAGAUAUGUGCUGUCAAAGCUGGAGGAAUGAUGUCUCUGGCUAUUGAUUGUCGUGGGACCCUAUGGAUGUGGGGAAACUGCCCACAACAAAGCAAAGAAGGCGGGUUAUCUCUUGUUAACAGUUUCAGUCCAACACCAGUUUGGGAUUUUCACGGUCACACUGUUGUCAAGGUUGCAUGUGGAAAUGAGCAUGUUGUAGCAUUGGUCAGUGCUGGGGAAUCAUACAAGGGUGAAGAUCUAGUGUGCUACUCUUGGGGUUAUAACAGCCAUGGCCAAUUAGGCUUGGGGGAUAGGGAGAGCAGGCUGCAUCCAGAAGUUGUGAAAACAUUUGCUGAGGAGUCCCCUUGGACAAUUUUCGAGGUAGCAUGUGGUGCCUUUCACACUGCUUUGCUCACUCACAAAAAGAAACCUGGUGACACAUUAGAAAGCACAUGCUGGACCUUUGGCCUUGGGGAUAAUGGCCAACUUGGACAUGGAACAACACAAAGCAUAUUAUUUCCUACACUUGUAAAAGAAUUGCCACAGAACAUAUAUCUUAUUUGUGUUGCCUGUGGCUUGUUUCAUACAAGUGUUGUUUCCUCAGCUGGGGAUGUGUGGUCAUGGGGAAUGGAGAAGGGUCUUGGCUUAUGCCCUGAUGCUAGUCGUGCUGAAACAUAUUCUGGUGAUGCCCUCUCUCCCCUUCUUAUCUCAUGCAAUCCAUAUCAACCUAAAUUUCCAGAUCCAGUUCAAGUCGCGUGUGGGGCUGCACAUACUGUUGUUGUUGCGCAGGAGGGAUAUAAGGUGUGGUCUUGGGGUAGGGGAAGGAAUGGAGUUCUUGGAAAUGGUAAAGGAGUGGAUUGUUACACUCCCACCAUAGUGCUGUGGCCUCCAAUGAUGAAUGAUUUCAAGGAAGAGGAAUUAAAGAGCUCUGGUGAGCAAGAUAAGGCGAGAGAAAAGGAGACCAAAGUAAUAACAGAAACAGAUGAGAAAUUAUCCUCAGCAUUGAAUGAGCUGAAGCAGCUUCAAACAAAGCUAUCUAUAAUGGAAAAAUAUGCUAGUAUACUUCAUGGUUCUAUUUUUGGGAAACCUUUUGAUGAGCAAGAUAUCCCUGUUUCAUUGCAGAAUUCAGGUUCAUUCGACAUUGCAAAAGAAUGGGAGAACAUGUUAGAGGCAGCAGAUCAUAGGAAGCUAAUUAGGUUGGAAAUGUUUUACCGUGACAUGCUUGCUGGUGUGAAAGAUAAACUAAUGGAGAGAAGGAUCAAGGAAAUUAUAAAGGAGUGCCUCCAAUCUUCAGAGGUCAAAAAUUAGUAAUUAUAAAAAAAAAACAAGAUGCAUCCCAUUCUGAACAAAAGAUUUCACAUAGAAAGCUAGAAGCUGUUUGAUCAUUCCAUUUACUCAAAUUCAAUCCAAUAGUGCCUUGUCUAUCUAGUAAAAUUCCCCGCAAAAUUAUUUCA